CCGCCGAAGAACUUAUAAACAACUUACCGGCGACCAGAAUCCGGCAGCCGUAUAUAGAAACCGGCCGGCGACUCUGCUGCUCAAACAACCAGAUUUUAAUUUUCAACACCAUCAAGACAGACUCCACCAACUACGCCGAAAACGGGCAAGUGACUGAAGUCAUCGGUUGACCCCGCUCAUUUCUGACGAAGAUUUGGAUCUUAGAAAGAGGAAGAGAAAACUGGCCGAAUAUGGAAAGUAUUAUUGAUGAUACAUUCAGUGCUGUUAAGGCGAAACAUUCAUCGGAGGAAGCAUUACAACGAUGGAGGGAGCUAUGUGGGGUUGUCAAGAACCCCAAGAGGAGAUUUCGGUUUACUGCCAAUCUCUCCAAGAGGCAUCAGGCUGCAGCUAUGCGUCGUACGAAUCAGGAAAAACUGAGGAUUGCAGUUCUCGUUUCCAAAGCAGCAUUUCAGUUCAUCCAAGGGAUGGAUGUCAGUGAUUACAAAGUGCCUGAGGAUGUGAGAGCUGCUGGUUUUCAGAUUUGUGCAGAUGAAUUAGGAUCAAUUGUGGAAGGGCAUGAUGUAAAGAAGCUGAAAUUUCAUGGUGGUGUAACUGGUAUUGCUGAUAAGCUAUCUACAUCAACGACUAAAGGUCUUUCAACAGAAUCUGACCUGCUCAACACUAGACAAGAAGUUUAUGGAAUUAACAAGUUCACUGAAACCGAACCUAAGAGUUUCUGGGUUUUUGUCUGGGAGGCUCUGCAAGAUAUGACUCUUAUGAUCCUUGGUUUUUGUGCUAUAGUUUCAUUGGUAAUUGGAAUAGCGACAGAGGGAUGGCCAAAAGGAGCACAUGACGGUCUUGGGAUUGUUGCCAGUAUCUUGCUUGUGGUAUUUGUAACUGCCACAAGUGACUAUCGUCAAUCUUUACAAUUCAAAGAUCUGGAUAAAGAGAAGAAGAAAAUCUCUGUUCAAGUCACAAGGAACGGAUACAGACAAAAGUUGUCUAUAUAUGAUCUACUUCCUGGUGAUAUUGUACACCUUUCUAUUGGAGACCAAGUUCCAGCUGACGGUCUCUUUGUGUCUGGAUUCUCGGUGCUAAUUGAUGAAUCGAGUUUAACUGGAGAGAGUGAGCCAGUGAUGGCGAGUACUGAAAACCCAUUUCUUCUGUCUGGAACUAAAGUCCAAGAUGGAUCGUGCUUGAUGUUGAUAACUACGGUUGGAAUGAGAACCCAAUGGGGUAAGCUGAUGGCAACUCUUAGUGAAGGUGGAGACGAUGAAACCCCACUUCAAGUUAAGCUGAAUGGAGUUGCAACCAUAAUUGGGAAGAUAGGGCUUUGCUUUGCAGUCGUAACAUUUGCAGUUCUUGUGCAGAAACUUUUCAGCCGUAAAUUACAAGAAGGAACACAUUGGAGUUUUUCGGGCGAUGAUGCUUUAGAAAUGCUGGAGUAUUUUGCUGUUGCAGUUACGAUUGUUGUUGUUGCAGUACCAGAAGGACUUCCGUUAGCUGUGACAUUGAGUCUCGCGUUCGCCAUGAAAAAAAUGAUGAACGAUAAGGCACUUGUUCGUCAUUUAGCUGCUUGUGAGACUAUGGGAUCAGCUACAACUAUUUGCAGCGAUAAAACCGGGACAUUAACUACAAACCACAUGACCGUUGUGAAAUCAUGCAUUUGCAUGAAUGCGAAAGACGUGAAAAGUGAUGCUCAAAUUCCAGAGAAGUCAAUGAAGCUUCUUUUGCAAUCGAUAUUUACUAACACAGGUGGUGAAGUUGUGAUUAACAAGAGUGGCAAACGUGAGAUUCUUGGGACACCGACAGAAACUGCCAUAUUGGAGUUCGGAUUAUCGCUUGGCGGUGAUUUUCAAUCCGAGAGAAAUAAAUGUAAGAUUGUGAAAGUCGAACCUUUCAACUCUACGAAAAAGCAAAUGGGAGUGAUCUUGGAAGUUCCAACCGGUGGUUUACUAGCCCAUGUUAAAGGUGCCUCUGAAAUUGUAUUGGCUGCAUGUAACAAGGUUAUAAAUUCAAGUGGUGAAGUUGUUCCUCUUGAUGAUGCAUCCAUCAACCAUCUCAAAACUACAAUUGACCAAUUUGCUAGUGAAGCUCUUCGCACACUGUGUCUUGCUUAUGUGGAACUUGAUUCCGGUUUUUCAGCAGACAGUCCGAUUCCAUCGAGUGGAUAUACAUGCAUAGGAAUCGUGGGUAUAAAAGAUCCUGUUCGUCCUGGUGUGAAGGAAUCUGUUGCGCUUUGUCGCUCUGCUGGUAUAACUGUUCGCAUGGUGACUGGAGACAAUAUAAAUACUGCAAAAGCUAUUGCUAGGGAAUGUGGUAUACUAACUGAUGAUGGUAUUGCCAUAGAAGGACCAGAUUUUAGGGAGAAGAAAGUGGAAGAAUUGCUUGCCAUUGUACCCAAACUCCAGGUCAUGGCUCGCUCUUCACCUCUAGAUAAACAUACAUUGGUUAAGCACUUACGGACAACAUUUGGAGAAGUUGUUGCUGUGACUGGUGAUGGGACAAAUGAUGCACCUGCACUUCAUGAAGCAGAUAUUGGACUUGCCAUGGGUAUUGCUGGAACUGAGGUUGCUAAAGAGAGUGCUGAUGUAAUUAUCCUAGAUGACAAUUUCUCCACCAUUGUGACUGUUGCCAAAUGGGGACGAUCUGUCUACGUUAACAUUCAGAAAUUCGUACAGUUCCAACUGACAGUUAAUGUGGUUGCCUUGAUUGUCAACUUCUCAUCUGCUUGUUUGACAGGGAGUGCUCCGCUCACAGCUGUUCAACUAUUGUGGGUUAAUAUGAUAAUGGACACUUUAGGUGCAUUGGCACUAGCAACAGAGCCUCCUAAUGAGGAAUUAAUGAAACGAAAACCAGUUGGAAGACAUGGGAACUUCAUUAGCAACGUAAUGUGGAGGAAUAUCAUGGGCCAGUCUCUGUAUCAGCUUAUACUCAUAUGUUUCCUGCAGCUUAGAGGAAAAGAAAUAUUUGAGCUCCAUGGCAGCGAUUCCGAUCUUCAUCUUAACACAAUCAUCUUUAAUUCCUUCGUCUUCUGCCAGUUAUUCAAUGAGAUAAGUUCGCGAGAAAUGGAGAAAAUAAACGUAUUCAAAGGCAUUCUUGACAACUACAUUUUCGUCGGAGUCUUGAGUUCAACUGCCAUCUUCCAGAUCAUAAUCAUUGAAUUCCUUGGCACAUUUGCAAACACAACGCCCCUCAGUCUGCAACAAUGGUACUUCAGCAUUGUGAUUGGAUUCCUAGGCAUGCCCAUUGCUGCUUUGUUAAAGUUGGUCCCCAUCAAGGAAUGAAGCGAGAAAACCGUAGGAGCCUUGUGCCACUUCUCGGGUUUUAGCAUGUAAGCUGUUUAUUUGUUUAUCUUCAUUUUUUUAAUCUCUCGCCUGAAUAGGGUUAGGUAGAGAAUUUUAUAUUGAGAUGAAAGAAGAUCUUUAUGAGAAAUUCUUUGAUCUCAUCACAUCAGAAUUGUGAAACAAUUGUUUUGAUUACAAUAGAUUUGAACCCUUUGUGGCCAAGUGGAAACAAUGAAUUUUAAAGUAUUUUGACUAGAACAACAAAUACAUUAAUUUUUUAUCAUGCUUAUGUUGAAUGAUGGGUUGG